CUUUUGAAAGACUGGAAAGUGUUUACAAAAAAAUUUCCUUAUUAACUUUGUUGUCAGAAAGAUCACUAGUUGGAGACCCAGCAGAUGAGAUGGGGGAGUUGUAACUGUUAAAUACAUCCCAACAGUAUGGUCCUAGACAGUACCAACACAUUCACCAACUGUCUCAUGAUGAGUCUGAUGGAUGUGUCUAAGAUCUUCUCUCUGCUUCAGCCCAAGGAGGAGGAUGAGGAAGACAACGAGCAUGGCCAGGCUUUGAAUCAGGCAGUGAGCAGUGACGACGUGGCGAUGCUGACUGAGCUACUGUCCCAGGACAGCUACCAGAGGUGCAUCAACAACAGAAGUGGCUGGGGGAUCCCUGUCACCCCCCUUCGGACCGCCGCAGCGCACGGCCACCUGAGGUGCCUGGAGCUGCUGCUGAAACACGGGGCGGAGGUGGACAGUCUGGAUGUGAAGGCCCAGACCCCACUGUUCACAGCGGUCAGUGGUAAACACCUGGACUGCGUCGUGGCCUUGCUCAAGGCCGGGGCCGACCCCAACGGCAGCCCGCACAACAACUGCUCCCCGGUGCUGACUGCCGCCCGCGAGGGGGACGUGGAGGUCCUCAGAGAACUGCUUCAGUUCGGGGCCGAGGUGGACGUCUGGCCCAAAGUGCCCGAGUGGGCCUCCAACGCUACGGCUUGCAGAGGACCCCUGUAUAUAUCUGCUGUGUAUGGACACCUGGAUUGCUUUAAGCUGCUGCUUCUUCACGGGGCAAAUUCGAACUAUAACUGUAAGUCGGACAAGAUGCUGGCCAGGAUCAAGCAGCCCAAGACGGUUCUGGAGAUGUGCCUGAGGUACGGCUGUGGGGUGGAGUACAUCCAGCUGCUCAUAGACUUCGGGGCGAAUGUGUAUCUGCCGACAUUGAUUAUUGAUAAGACCACCAAGCAGAACGAGGCUGUUGUGCUGCUGCUGAAAGAGAGAGUCUGUCCAAAAACAUUGAUGUCACAGACACGGCUAGCGAUUCGCCGUUACCUUCCCGUGGUCAAUAAGAUGGCAUCCAUAGACAGCUUGGACAUUCCCCAAAUACUGAGGAACUAUCUGAAACACAUCACCUGACCUCUAACUUCUGGCCCCUGAACUUUGAAUAGUUAUGAUACUGUUACGUCUCAAUUGUCUAAAGUGGAUUUCACUGUUUCAUCUCCACUGUUCUAAAA